CUCGAACACACCUGAAGCCUCGGGACUGUUCCAGACCUUCUGACAGAACCGCCUCGGCUUUUCCAGACCUUCCGGUUCGACCUUCGGGAGUUCUCCAGGCCUCGCUUUGAACUACGGAACUAGUUGGACUACCUGUUGGCGAAAGGGUUCAUUCGGCCGAGCACUUCACCGUUCGCCGCACCAAUUCUGUUCACGCCAAAAAAGGACGGCGGCCUUCGAAUGUGUACGAAUUAUCGCGCCCUUAAUCGGGUAACGAUAAAAUCGCGCUACCCAAUCCCACGAACGGACGAAUUGAUCGACAACCUUCGCGGAGCUCGCUACUUUUCGAAGAUCGACCUUCGUGGAGGUUACUAUCAAAUUCGAGUGUUCGCUGACGACUGCCACAAGACCGCGUUUCGUACUCGCUAUGGGAGUUACGAAUACACGGUGAUGCCGUUUGGAUUAACCAACGCCCCCUCGACGUUUCAACUCACCAUGAAUGGGGUAUUCUGCGAUCUACUCGACAAAUGCGUAAUAAUUUACCUGGACGACAACCUGAUCUACAGCACGACCCGGGAGCAGCAUUUAAAAGAUUUGGAAGCAGUUUUUCAGCGGUUGCAGCAGCAUCGACUCAUCACCAAGGGCUCCAAGUGCGAGUUUUUAAAACAAGAACUGGAGUUCCUGGGGCAUGUGAUCUCCACGGAGGGGAUUCGAAUAGACCCGAAAAAACUCCGGGCUAUUCAGGAGUGGAAACCGCCAACAAAUCUGCAGCAGCUGCAAUCAUUUCUGGGUUUCGUGAAUUACAAGGGAACUUUUUACGAGUGGGGGGAGAAGCAGCAAGCUGCGUUCGAGGCAUUAAAAAAACUUUUAAUGUCGCCACCGGUACUUCGCAUCGCUGACCCGGACAGACCUUUCGAAGUCAUCACCGACGCAAGUGACAUCGCCAUCGGAGCAGUGCUCAUGCAGGAUUUCGGCAACGGGCUUCAACCAAUUGCGUACGAGUCACGGAAAAUGCAAUCUGCUGAGCGCAACUACCCGGUACACGACAAGGAGAUGCUGGCGAUCGUACACGCGUUCAAAAUUUGGAGGUGCUACCUGACUGGAGCAGACGUGACGGUGCGAACUGAUCACAAAUCACUGCAGUACCUGAGGGCGCAGCCGAAUCUCAACCCGCGGCAGAUACGCUGGCUGGACUAUCUGGAGUCGAAUUUCACGUACAAGAUCACGUACAAAAAGGGCGCCAACAAUAUUGCCGACGCCCUUUCCAGACCAUCUGCCCAACUCGCAGCAGUACUAGUCACCCAGAGCAACCCGCUACUGAGUGGACUAUUUACCCACGGGUAUUCGACUGACCCCUUCUUCGAAUUUUCCAUUCCUUACCGAGCGGUACUGCUAUCGCGUACGCUCGAACACACCUGAAGCCUCGGGACUGUUCCAGACCUUCUGACAGAACCGCCUCGGCUUUUCCAGACCUUCCGGUUCGACCUUCGGGAGUUCUCCAGGCCUCGCUUCGUCACUUCGAGACCCUUCGAUCUCCUUCCCGAACCUUCCCAUCGCAUGGUUAGACUAGCUCUGGUGUUCCUAUAUCUUGGCUUGCCAUUCCUUGUAUCGUCAUUCAUU